AUGGACAAGCUACAAGGUGUUGAAAACUACACCUUAUGGAAUCGAUCAAUCAAACUUGCUCUGUUAGGAAGAAACAAGUUAGGACUAGUGGAUGGAACUUGCUGGAAAGAAAUAUACAGUGAAGAACUAUGGGGCCAAUGGGAAAGGGUAAAUGCGAUUGUGCUGUCGUGGCUAAUGAACUCAGUCUCGAAGAGUUUGCUUAGUGGAAUUGCAUUUGCUUCAAGUGCUUCGAGUGUGUGGACUGACCUGCAAGAGAGGUUUGACAGAAUUGAUGGAUCAAGAACUUACAGCGUAUACAAAGAAAUAGCCACUUUACAACAAGGAACAACUUUUGUAUCAGCAUAUUAUACGAAGCUGAAAGCAUUGUGGGAUGAGUUUGAAGUGUUAGUGCCAUCACCUUGUUGCAACUGUGAAAAAUCCAGAGGAUUUGUAGCUCACAUGAAUAGACAAAAAUUGUAUCAAUUUCUAAUGGGACUAAAUGACUCAUACCAUCAAGCCAGGAGUCAAAUUCUCAUGAUAGAUCCUCUACCAACUAUCAAUCAAGCAUAUGCUAUGGUAGUAGGAAAUGAGAGCCAAAAGGUUGUUGUUACAGGCAUCAACAAUUUAGGACUACAUUCGUUCACUCCAGAUUCAGUUGCUAUGUACUCUAGAGUUGGAAGCAGUUCAGGUAGCAGUAAUAGAUUCAAGAAGAAUACACUCUUAAUCUUUGAUUUUUGUAAGUGUAGAGGCCAUACCAAAGAGUCCUGCUACAAGGUUGUUGGGUAUCCACUAGAUUUCAAGUCCAAAAGGAAGGUACAAAGUGCAAACAUUGCUUAUGCUGAUACUAUUGGCCUUACUAGUCAAUCUCAGCAGUCAGUUCAGUCUAAUUUCUCUUAUGGUUUGAACACAAAUGUGACUGAUGAAUCAGUGUGGGGCAGAAAUAUCAAAGCACAACAUACUGCAUACAAAAUACCAAUUGAAGGGUUUACUUCUAACAAGAUUGUAAGUCAAGUAGAGAAAGAUGUCAAGCAACUACUUCAGGGUUGUACAUUCACAAAAGAUCAGUAUGAACAAAUUCUCAAGAUGAUGAAUCAACAGUCAGGCUCAAGAGCCAAUGCACCUGACUGCAAUAAGGCAAACAAUGAAGGUAAAGCCUUAUUUGUAACUAAAAAUAGUGAUGUGUGGAUUGUAGAUACAGGUGCAACAAACCAUAUGAUUUCAAAGUUGGAGAUGCUACUAAAGGAGUCUGUGAUAAAGCUUGACACUCCUAAGGAUGUGUGUUUACCAAAUGGUGGUACCACUCAAGUAACUCAUCUUGGUUCUUGUAGUCUACCAUCUAGAAGUGUGAUAACUAAUGUGUUCCAUAUACCAGAGUUCAAGUAUAACUUAAUGUCUGUCAGCAAAAUAACCAAGAAAUUAGGUUGCUCAGUCUCCUUCUUCCCUGAUUUUUGUGUUUUUCAAGAGCUUUACACUAGGAAAGUGAAGGAAGUUGGUAGAGAAAAAGGAGACUUGCAAGGAGUCAGACAUGGAACUAUGACAUCAAAGACUUGGACAUGCAUCUUCAACUUAUGUGAUAGUAUGUUCAAGGCACUGUAUAUUAUACAUCAAAGAUCUUGUCCUUACACUCCUCAACAAAAUGGUGUGGCUGAGAGAAAACAUAUACAUCUGCUAGAAGUAACAAGAGCCCUCAGAUUUCAAGGUAAAAUACCUAUCAGAUUUUGGGGUCACUGUGUACUAGCUGCUGCUUAUCUCAUUAACAGACUUUCCAGUAGUGUGCUUGAGUUCCAUACUCUUUAUGAAAGACUUUAUGGUAGAAAACCAGUGUUAUCUCAUUUGAGGACAAUUGGCUGUCUAGCCCUAGCAAAGAACCUUAAUGAACAUGAUAAACUCAUGCCUAGAUCAAAGUCAGUUGUUCACAUGGGAUACUCUGAAGUGCAUAAAGGAUAUAUUCUGUUUGAUUUGAACAAUAAAUCCUUCUUUGUCAGCAGAGAUGUUAACUUUAGAGAAGACAUAUUUCCACUUGCUCAACAACAACCAUUUAUAGACAACCUGCAAGGACUAGGUGUGACAGAUCAACAACUACAUUCAAUGAUUCCAUUAAUAGUUCCAGGUAAUGUUCCAUCUGUGAUGACAGAAGGGGAUACAUGUGUGGAUCCUGGUGAUAGUGAGCAAGUCUGUGUGCAGCAACCUGAGCCACACACUGAUGCAAGUGGCUCUGAGUGCUUUAUUACUGCUACCUCAUCUGUGAUAGAACCUACCAGCUAUGCAAAAGCAGUCAAGGAUCCAAGAUGGGUUGAAGCUAUGCAGGCAGAGAUUCAGGCCUUAAAAAGCAACAAUACCUGA